AUGGAUCCACCAGCUCGACCGUACCUCUGUACCUCUGUACCACGCCCUCGACCUCGAAACCCAUCUCUCCGCGCUCCUUCGACAAUAAAUCCACCGUCCAACGGCAUGAUCGUGCGAUCCAGAGCCCUGCUACCGCCCUUCCGCAGAAGCCAUACAAUAACCCUCCCAACAAUCCGCAAUGAAUCCACCGCAGCCACAACACCCCAAACCUCCGCCGAAGCCCAAAGGAAAGCCCUCGUCGCCGCACGCAUAGAAGCACGAGAACGAGAAGCAGCCGCAGCACUAGCCGCAUCACGGGCGGACGCAGCACAGCAACAUGCAGCGUUGGUCGAGCGGACGAGGAAGCUGAACAGCUACAGCGGGUCGGAUCGAUACAUCUACAUCACGGCGAUUGUGUUGUUCCUGGCUACGCCGCCGGUGAUAUACUUUUGGUGGAGGCAUCGUGCGGAGCAUAUGGGGCAGAAGAAGCAGGCUAUGUUGGAGGAGUUGGCGGAGAGGAGGAGGGUUUUCCAGGAGAGUCGGGGGAAGUGA